AUGUAUGGUGGAGAGGAAUGUUACGUGAAGAAAUUUAGAGGCAAACGCUUAUUUAUCAAAGAUUUUGGUCCUGAGCACAUAGAAGAGGCUGAUAAAGAGGAAUUGAUGACCUCAACGAAAAAAGUGCUUCAUUUAGUGGCACCAUUCAUUGUGAACACGUUCGCCUAUCCAUACACAUUGGUAUCGACGAUUAUGGCUUGCACGGGAUCUGGGUGA